AUGUCCGAUAUUCUUUUAACCAAUUUGGCUUAGCUUGUACCUGAAAUAAAUGCCACCUGUAGGGCAGAAAGCUUCUAUAGAUUUGUUGAUAAUGCAGAAAGGUCACUUUAUCUUAAUAGGAAUAUGACCAUUUUAAAUGAGGACUCUUACACAACAGUCAAAACAAACAUAGAUAGAUUGUAUGCCUUGGAUUCUUCUAUUCAUUAAGAGCAUUCUCUCAAUAUAGAUAUUACAAAUUCAAUAUAUUCUGAUGCUUUUAAGCAAAUGUUUAUGUUAUAACCUUGUACAAUUUUAUCUUAAGAAAUGAAGGAAAUGACAGAAACUGAAUGCUAAACAUUUGCUGAUGGAGCAAUGUAUUAAGGGAUGGCAGUUGGAGUAGCAAGAUAUUUUGAGAAUAUUCGAUACAUCAUGACAAUUUAUGAUUAAUUUUGGAAUAAUUCUAAAGCCAAUUUUACAACUAUUGCUAGAGGUUUCACUAAAUUUAAAAAUAUUACUCUGGAUUCAGAUAAUGAGAGGAAUAACAUUCUAAAUCUAAAUAAUUUUAAUUAAUCUGUGGAAUCAAGAGUCAUUUAAGAAACUUACAAUAGAGGUAUCUUUAUAUAUUGACUAUUUUUAGGUACAUUUAGGUAUUUAUUGUAGUAAAUGUAGAAAGCCAUUUAAGAUGACAUUGAUAGUGCUAAAACUUAAAGAUUAGCAUUAUUCAUUGUUUUUGAAGUAUUGCUUUUUAUAAUUUACUUCAUUUUAUGGUUACCAUUAGUAUUAAAGAUGACAAGAGAUAUCUGGAGAACAAGAUCGAUGAUAAUGAUGAUUCCUUUGAAAGUGAUACAAAGGAUUAGAUCAAUUAAAUAAUUUAUCAAAGAUUUCUUACAUGCGAAGGAUGUUGAUUCUUGA